CUUGCAGGAUGCACGCGGUGGGCCUGCACUCGGCGCUCGCCAUCCGCCGCGAGCGCAAGCGCCGCGCUGAGCAGCAGCGAGCUCGCGAGCGCCGCUACUCGCUACAGUCCUCAGAGUCGGGAGUCACCUCCCCGCAUUGCUCCACCGGCAGCUUGGAGAGACGUCGCUACAGAAAGCCUCACCCCACGGAAAAUGAAGUCGUCUCGACGGUCGGUAUGCUCCAUCUCGGAGUGGUGUUCCUCGUGCUCGGCCUGUUCCUGCUCGGCUCCGGGUUUCUUCCGGACAACGUGACGUCAUGGAGCACCGUCGGCUCUGUCAGCUGGUUCAAUGAGUUGGUCUGCUCUGGCAUGUUCGCAGUGGGCAUAGGGGUUUUCCUGAUUGUUUUGCACAAAUACUUGAUGAAGAGUGAGGAAGACGCCCUGGAGGAUUAUGUACAGAGACAGCUGACGAGGUCUCGCUCAGGUCACCGGCUAGAGAGGGACGCUGAAACUGGUGGAAUGCGCACGAAGAACGCGCGCCGUGCACGUGCCAGCGAGGUGCUGCCGGAGACGGUGACGGAGACAUACACGGAGCCGCCACCGGAGCGCGCGCACGGGUUUGUCAACGCACUGGCGAUCAACGGUGACGCCAUUCGCGAGCUGCCACUAGAGCAGAUCGUAGAGGAGGAGAUCUCGGUAACGUCUGAGGGUGGUGGACGGCUCGGCAAGUUUAAUAAGGACACGUACUCUUCCCCCUCGGUGGCGCCCAGCCUCAGCCCCGGGUCGCCGUCCGACACGCGCGAGCUGCUGUCCGACGGCCGCUACAUGAUCAUGUCGCGCAUGUGAGCCACCUAAAUCGACAACUCACUGAUUCCGAGCUCUCCGCGGGACGUCACAUAACUCGCUGUUUCUGCUAACUAAGUGUGAUGCCCCAAACUGUGAGCACGCUACCGUGUGACUAUACUAUGUAGCUUCGCACAACAUAACAUUACCAGAGUGGAUACAACCCCAAGUAUAUAAUGUCUAGAGCACUCUCAUAUAAAGUGCUAGUCUUUUCCAACAGUUCGGAACUGUUACAGUUAGUGGCCAUUUCCUCUACUUCCGCUCUUAAAUCUCAGAUAUGCUCGGAAUCAGAGAAUUGUCGAAAAUUGCCUCCUUCGUCUAUUACAUGUGAAUCGUGGCAAAGUGAAAUGAACUCUAAAUCUCUUGUAAUGAGAUCGUGUUUCUACUAUACUGCUAUAUUCGUUAACAAGGUUUCUAUGUAACUAUCCUGCUAUUUGGUUAAAGCUUGGAUGCUUCGACGUUUCAAUGGAUAUUUCAUUUGAGUUCGGGGAACGCUUCUCUAUUUUAUAUUUUAACAGACGGACCAACUCUUUGGUAGACUUAGCAGUAAGUUGUAUCGUGAACUCGUUUAUAACUGCAGUAGUUAAACAGGAACGCGGCCGCUAACGAGAUCAAUGGCUCCGGUCGCGUGACUCGGGAAUUUCUUUUAUUUCGACGUUUUGUUGGAAAGCGAAGAAUAACAAACGAUGGAGUCGUAUCGUGGAAACGUUGUUUGUUAGCAGGUCUUUGUUUGUUUGUAAAGCUGAAUUUACGCAGUUAGAAUAAAUACUAAGCAUCGAUACGACGUAAUAGUCAAAACAAUGUCAUUAUCUUUUAACAUCAACGAAUGUUUGUGAAAGUAAACAUAGCUGUGCGUUGCUUUGUUCUCCUGGUAGUCUGAAUAUAACACUGCAGUGGUAAACGAGUGAUCUUGUAUAUUUAAUUAAAUUAACAUUGGAAUUCCGCAUGUAUUGGCUUGAGACUGAUUGUUAUAUACUGUUCUUAUACCUGACGAUUUUAUAUAAUAUUGUAUGUUGGUUUGUCUUCUACUCUAAUUAAUUAUUAAUUAGUUUACUGUUGAGGUACGUGGGUGAGUUCGAACUAUCAAGUAUUUUGCUUGAAAUCAGUAUCGAACAAAACAUUCCAGAUCCAUAAAUAUGUUUGUAGGUAUAGAAACAAAAUUUCCUAUUUUGACUGAACUUAAAAAAUAAUCUUGUCUACAUAAAAUAAUAUUAAAAAGAAAUUAUAGCACGCAUUCCUAUUCUAAAAGUAAAAAAAUAUCAAUAGAGAGCAUUCGAACUCUACCUAACGUAUCUGAAUGGUGCCUAAAUAUAUUAUUAUCUAAAUAAUUUGUAAUAUAAAAUAAAUAUCAUGAUAUCAUAAGGCACACAAAGUGCACAAUUUUCUUUUCAACAGACCUGUGCCAAAAGUUUCGUGGCAAUGCAUAUUAUUACGUUAUUGUAAAGCCUUUAGGUUAUUUCAUGUUCUAAAUUAAUUAUGUUAAAGUCGACCUCAAUAUAUUUCUAAUCUUUACUUUCAAUUCAAUCUUCAAUAGCUAAAAAUACUUUCACCAAUGUCCAAUCCAGUAACAUAGAUAUAUUGAGAUCGAUUUUAACGUAAAUUACAUCUGUGCAUUUAAAUUAAUUUAUGUAAUAAUUUUAUACUUUUAUCGUUAGGUUUAUUUUAUUUGGGGCUGUGAAAUAUUUUCCAUUUUAAAUCGAGAUGUCAAAUUAUAUAAAUAUAUGUACACAUUAUUAAACAUUGAUAUUAAUAUUAAGCUUAAACACACGAGCUUAGCUUCACAAUGCUCAAAUUUAAAUUAUUAGGUUUACACUCCUUCCCAUUACUUCUCUCCUAGUACUUUCUCUUUUUAUCUUCCAUUUAUUAUUGAGCGAAUUUGAUGUUCUUUAGCAAAUUACUUUGUAAAUGUUAUUAGCAAAUGAAAGGGUUAGUAAAAAUAAUGUUGUGAACAAACAACUUUCACAAUUUUAGAAGUAAAUUGACAAAGAACACCAAGUUCGCGAAUUAUUGCAUACCUCGUAGCGGGUAUCUAAUAUCUGUCUCUUACUGUAAGUGCUGUCUAUAAAACAUUGCCUUAUUAAAUAAAUAUUUCACCAAUAUAAUUAAUAUUGUGUAUUUGUAAUGGCACAAUUUUCGGUAAUUUUUGAUAAGUAGUAGAUCGUAAGGUCCAUUAAGAGAACACCGGGCUUUCAGACAAAAUCUUUAGAUAGUUGAAACAAGGGAUAUAAAUAACUGGAACUCUAGAUUUGUACAAUGUGAGCAAUAUUAUGUAUACGAACUUGUACUGUCUGUAGUAUUAAAACAGUUGUUUUUCGAGCAAAAUGUUCAACUUUCUAAAUAAGAAUUCUACUUGAAAUGUAUAAAAUGUGAAUGACUUUAUCCUUUUUUAUUGCAACAACAGAACAAAGUGCAGCACGUAAAGAAUUGUCAGCUUUGCAAAUAUCCUUUUGAAUCAUAAAUUCGUCAUAAAACGGGAACGUCUCGGAAUGUUUGUGCUUAGUAGCUCGAGUGUUCUCUUCGUGGACAUAAAGUCUAGUCGUGUAUUUAUAUUCUGUCGCCUGAAUGUCUAGAAAAAGCUAGCUUCGUGUUGUACUAAAUAAGGGAGAUAAAAGUGAAUUGUAAUUUUACAACUUGUGCACGUUUUCCUUUAACAUUUUUGUCGUGAAGAUAUUGGUGACAGUAUUAUUUUGUAAAAAAUUCUAUAUAAAAUUUUUAAAAUUUAUUAUUAUCAUUAAAUUAGAUGGAAAUAAACGGUCAUUAGUGCAUUGUUGUAAGCAAGUGAAAAUAGAUUUUAUCUUUACAACUAUAAAUGUUAUACUAAAACACAGCGAAAUUUUAUAACAGUAGUGAAAGAAGUAUUUUACCAAGUUAUGUAAAUGUUAAAUAAAUUUUAUUACCGUUGCAGCGAUCGACUAGAUGUUUGUGACUAUACCAAUGUACUAGUGAUUGAAUAAUAUUGAAUAAUAAUAUAAUUACUUUAUCGUAUACUUCAUUCUGAUGCACAUAUGAUAGCGCAACAUAUAGUGUUUGCACAUGUUCAUUGUGAAAAUUUCUUGUGCCUAUACUUUUAUAUCUAGGUAAUUUUGAUAGGGUAAUUCGAAUCGAGUACUUGGCUGUAAGUGUCACGUGUACAUACCAUGCAAUCAUCCCUCGCUCCGGAUCACGAUGCCUUCGAGAGUGAAUACAAAUGUUGAUCACAAAGCGUAAAGCGUUCGACAGACGCGCUGCAGCGCUUCGCUACUAGCUUGAAAUACAAAAUAUAUCUAAAUAUCCUACAUCAAUUGUGAUUGAAGUCUCUAGUUUAUAAUUUGUAGUGUCAUUUCGUUGUCCAAAUGUUUUGAUGUCGUGUUAAAGCUCAAAACAUGUUAGUUGUGAUUUUUUUAUGCCAUUUCGGUGUCGUGGAAAGAUUUUUAUGAACGCUUUUGCGCAUUUUUUAAAUAAAACUAUACACUUGUAAAGCACAUUAAUGUAUUUAAUCGAUUUGAAUAGUUACGUGUUUUGUUUUAUGAACUAUAGUGCCAUACGGAUUUUAAAAUGUUUUAUUUAUUUUUUAAUCACCUGUGGACCUUGAACAAGCAAUAACGACAUAUAGUUGUGAUCAAACUCUAUGACCGUUCUUUAUGUGGCGUCUUUAUGUUGUGCACGUGUCAGUAUAUGUGUGUGAAAAGAUUAAUUAAUAUGGUUCACGGAGCGGUCGAUUACUUUGGUAACAACUGUAUUUCCUUAGAGAUUUUUAAACAUUUUUAUAGUUAAAUCUUUUGAAUACAUAUAUCAUCGCAUUUAUUUACAAUUUUUUACAUAAUCGUUGUCAUUUUGAAAUCAAUAUUUUAUCCUAUUCAGAACAUACAAUGGUUGCUGUUGUUUUCUCAUAAAGUGAUACUAACUUAUAGGAGUUAUCAAAAAUAGAAAAUACAACACCAAAAUCAAUAAGUUUAUAAGAUUAUAAAUUCCUAGAUUGAGAAUCGAAUUUUAGUCCUAAACUUUGUAUAAAGAAAAUUCGGAUUUGUCCUAUUCAAUACAUUAGAAACAUUUUCUUUUUCAAUCUAGUCAUCUUUGAUAAAAUGUAAUAAAAAUUAUGUAAAAAAAUAGUUUUCUGUAAAAUUGUAUGAGAACUACUUUUGUAAUCAGACUUAUUGUGGGGUAAGCGUGUCACGUCACAAUACAUUAAGAGAUUUAUUUACAAAGUCAUAAAGUUGGUAAUCUAUUAUCGAAAGACAGGUUGUGGAAAAUUGAUCCCUGUCUAUUCCUUAACCAUUACAUACCAUCGUUGUAUAACUAUAUUUAUUUCUUGGCUUGGAAAUUACAAACUUCGUCGUGACCUGUUCCCCCUACAAUGAAGGCUAUUUUAUCUCGACUCACGAAUCAUUCCACGUUAGGCAAAGAUAAUUUAUUU